CCACUGGAUAUCUGAUGCUCUCCAUAUGCUAAUCUGCAAGUUUAAUGAGACGUGCCACCAUAGCAACAUUUCACCUAAGUGAAUGAAGGGACACUUUCUAUUGUUUGACUAUUGUAACAUGUUGCUCUUCAGUAUUAAACCUAGCCUGAUUUUUUUGUCUGAGUUGAUUAUGUUUCAUUAUCUGUGGAUGAUAUGCGAUUUACAUGCUUCCCUCUUUUUGUAGGAUGUCAUUGCGGAUUCAGUAUAGAGCACUAUGAUGAUUGAUCAGCUCAUGGAUCCUCUCUGAGACGGCGUGUGUGUGUGUGUGUGUGUGUGAGAGAGAGAGAGAGAUAGAGAGAGAGGAGGGAGCAAAGAAUAAAGCAGGAGACACUCAUACAAGACAAGUUUAGAGGAAACACCUGGAACGAGACGCUGAGGACAAACCUCACCCUUCUUUUAAUCGAGUCUUCCUGUGCUGGAGGAUGAGCGCUGUCUUUGCUAAACUGGACCCCAGGAGAAUUGAGUGGGAGUCGUCCUGGUAUGGACUCCACUCGCGAAUCCUGCGCACUAAACCUGUGGACUCCAUGCAGGAGGGCUCAGAUGACCUGCACGGCACCAGGCUCGCCCGUGUGCUCACUACGGUGGAUCUGGUGUCACUUGGGGUGGGCAGCUGUGUGGGCACUGGCAUGUAUGUGGUCGCCGGGCUUGUGGCUAAGGAAAUGGCAGGACCUGGAGUGAUCUUGUCCUUCAUCAUUGCAGCUGUGGCUUCCAUUCUGUCAGGCGUCUGCUAUGCUGAGUUUGGUGUGAGAGUGCCUAAAACAACAGGCUCCGCCUACACAUACAGUUAUGUCACAGUGGGAGAAUUUGUGGCCUUUUUUAUUGGCUGGAAUCUCAUUUUGGAGUAUUUGAUUGGCACAGCAGAGGGGCCACGUGCACUGAGUGUCAGCAUUUUUCGCAUGUUCGACUCUUUAGCCAAUCACACCAUCAGCCGCUACAUGAUCAACCAUCUUGGAACAUUGAAUGGCCUGGGUAAGGGAGAGGAAUCUUAUCCAGACCUGCUGGCUCUGCUGAUCGCUAUGGUGGUGACGGUGAUUGUGGGUUUUGGGGUGAAAAACUCUGUGAGCUUCAAUAAUGUGUUGAAUAUGGUUAACCUGGUCGUGUGGGUCUUUAUGGUGCUUGCUGGACUGUUUUUCCUUUCUGGAGCCAACUGGGAGGAUGGGAGGUUUCUGCCCUAUGGCUGGUCAGGGGUCAUGCAAGGAGCUGCAACCUGUUACUACGCCUUCAUUGGCUUUGAUAUUAUCGCCACCACAGGAGAAGAGGCCAAGAGCCCUGACACUUCCAUUCCAUAUGCCAUAACAGCGUCUCUCGUCACCUGUCUCACAGCGUACGUCUCUGUGAGUGUGAUUCUGACGCUGUUGGUGCCAUUUAACCGGAUUGAUGGCGAUGCCCCGCUUAUGGAGAUGUUUGCCAUUCACGGCUUCUUGGCAGGGAAGUAUAUUGUAGCUGUGGGCGCUGUUGCAGGACUCACUGUCAGCCUGCUGGGAUCUCUGUUCCCUAUGCCCAGAGUUAUCUAUGCCAUGGCAGGAGAUGGGCUGCUUUUCAGGUUCCUGUCCUUUGUGAGUCCGCACACAGAGACGCCUGUGCUGGCCUGUGCUGUAUCAGGCUCUCUGGCUGCUCUGUUGGCUCUUCUGGUGAGUCUGAGGGACCUGAUCGAGAUGAUGUCCAUCGGCACGCUGCUGGCCUACACACUGGUGUCAGUAUGUGUGCUGCUUCUGCGAUAUCAGCCCGACAGAGACGGCUUCACCAGUUUCCUUACUGAGGAGGAAGAGGAGGAGAGGAAGAGGAAGGAGGAAAAGAUGGCAGCUAGUGAGAAGGACAUGAACUCACCUGAUGGAGAAGAAUACGCCGACAACCCCUGUGGGUCCAAGAACCUCCCCUCCAAAGGAGACGACGAAACUCUGAUUGAAAAGUCGGACUCUGGAGGUUACCAGUCGGAUAGUUCCGGCUACGGCGCUGGAGAUAACAGCACUGAGGUGGAUGACUCCAAUAGUCUCUUGAAACGCAUUUUGGGGUCUCAUUAUUACACUAUACGGAUGCGUUUGGGCCUUCCAAACUUGGGCGAUAGGCCCACACCUGCAACAGGACGUACUGUUACUUCCUGUGUCCUCCUUUUCUUCAUCUUGACCUUCUUUCUCUGGACACUUGUCAUCUAUGGCUUCGACCAGGUCUCAGGAGGAGCUCGCUGGGCAAUAUUACCUUUUAUAAUUACUGUGAUUGUCCUCAUGGUCACUUUGGUUAUUAUUAUUCUCCGGCAGCCAGAGAACCCUAAAAAGUUACCCUACAUGGCGCCCUGUGUUCCCUUUGUGCCCAUCGCUGCCAUGCUGGUGAACAUUUACCUCAUGCUCAAACUCUCCAGCAUCACCUGGGUGCGCUUUGUGGUGUGGUGCUCACUAGGUGUGCUGAUCUAUUUUAGCUAUGGGAUGUGGAACAGUUCGCUGGAACUCAGCGCUAGAGAGGAAGCGGCUCACGCCAGCUCCUACCAGAGGUAUGACACAGAGGUGGACGACAGCUUCAAUAUCGAUGAAGACCUCCCCCCUCAGGAGGACGAAGAGGACGGACAGUACCAGGGCUGGGCGGCUGAGGAGCGUGGCUAUCAGAAACACUACCAGCAGCACUAUGAUGAACAGAGACCGUCCAACAGUCAUAAUUACAGAGGCAAAGGCAGGACCAAUAAAGGCUUUGAGGAGCUAGUCAAUGAAGAGUAUUCACCUGAGUGAGCAAUAUACACUAAACUACUGUCGCAGUGGAGGUUGGAUUUGGGUGACCAUGAUUUUGGCAAAUAGAAUAUGUCCCUAGGUCAAUGCGGCAAUACUGUAAUAAGUAAUGAAGACAAAAGGAAAAUGUGCAUUAUGAGGAUAAAUUAGACAAUUUUAAUUAAAACAUACUGUUGAUAAUACAUUUAAAGUCAGAAUAAAAUGGAAGCGACAUAUAGUGAUACAUAUCAGAGUGAAUGGAAAAUCAUGUUACGAAAUUUGAGUAAAAACGGAAAAAAAAAAAAAA